UUGGUAAGCAUUUCAAUCGAGACUGUGGACCCUCUUUUGAGUCACAUUUCCCACACCCCACCAACACACACUGCCCAAAACUCUCUCUCGCAACCAGUAACAGCCGAAAACAAACCCUUCAAACCCUUCAAAAAUCUCGCUCUCGCACUCAACUCUAGAGAAGAGAGGGCGUCACUAGUCAUUUUCGAACCCCCUUUCAAUCAGUCAUAGAUACUCUCCUCACCAAUUCUCCAACGGAACGGCACGACUCGUCGUUUUAAGGCUUGAACUGUACGAUUCCAGAGGUUGACUUUUCCAUGGAGAACUCUGAUGAUGAAAAGGACGGAGUUUUUGGGAACUGUAUGCCCAAAGAACUAAGUAUAAGUUUAGCUAAUGGUACCAAAUUUGUAGAUGAGGUACUAAGAGGUCCAAGUGACCGCUGUCUGGAAAAUUUUCGUAUGGAUAAGCAGGCAUUUUACAAGUUAUGUGAUAUUUUGCAAGGCAAGGGCCUGCUACGCCAUACGAACAGAAUCAAGAUCGAGGAGCAAUUAGCCAUAUUCUUGUUCAUUAUUGGCCAUAAUCUACGCACUCGAGCUGUCCAAGAAUUGUUCCGGUAUUCAGGAGAGACCAUAAGUCGCCAUUUUAACAAUGUUUUGAAUGCUAUUAUGGCAAUUUCAUUAGAUUUUUUCCAGCCUCCUGGAUCUGAUAUUCCAUCUGAAAUCUUGGAAGAUCCUCGAUUUUAUCCAUAUUUUAAGGAUUGUGUUGGAGCAGUAGAUAGGAUGCACAUUCCAGUGAUGGUUGGUAUAGAUGAGCAAGGACCUUUCCGUAAUAAAAAUGGACAACUUUCACAAAAUGUUCUGGUAGCAUGCUCCUUUGAUCUGAGGUUCCAUUACGUUCUAGCUGGAUGGGAAGGCUCAGCAUCAGAUUUGCGAGUUCUGAACUCAGCACUCACAAGGCGGAACAAGUUUCAGGUCCCUGAAGGCAAGUACUACCUUGUGGACAGCAAAUAUGCCAAUAUGCCAGGAUUUAUAGCUCCAUACAACGGGGUUUUAUGUCAUUUAAAUGAGUUUGUGGGUGGUUAUCCUUCUCGAGAUUCAAGAGAACUAUUCAAUCAAAGGCACUUGUUACUAAGAAACGUCACUGAUCGUAUUUUUGGGGCUUUAAAGGCACGUUUCCCUAUACUGCUGUCCGCUCCUCCAUACCCUUUACAAACACAGGUUAAGUUGGUUGUAGCAGCAUGUGCGCUGCACAAUUACAUUCGUAGGGAAAAACCAGAUGAUUGGAUUUUUAAAAUGUAUGAACAUGAUACUGUACUGCAAAUGGAGGAGUCACUGCCCCCAUUAGAGGUGGAACAGCCAAUUAUGCAAGUUGAGAACCCAGCUUUGGACAUUGCUUUUGAUACAGAACAGCUAGAAUGUAGUUCUCAGUUGCGUGAUUCAAUUGCAGGUGAUAUGUGGGGUGACUCCAUAAGUGAUUUAUCAACUAUGUAGAUGGAUUUAUUGUGAUUUUUUAGUUUAAGGCUAGGGUUGGAUUCUUUUCAAGAUCACUGGCUUGUAAAUUUUUAAAAUUUGGUCUUGAUCUUGAUGCUGUACAUUAGUGCUUUGUUUAUAACAAAGAAAUAUAUAUAUAUAUAUAU